AUGGUCAUGGCUGCUCCUCGUAUCAUAUCGAUGGAUUUCUCCACGACAGGAAGAGAUGACUGUUAUUUUCGCAUCCUGACAGGAAACAGCGUCAAGUAUGUCACCAUUCGAGCCGGUGCCCUCGAUUCCGACUCGCUUAUGGAUAUGCCCUUGGAUUUCCAAAAUAUCUUGCCCCAGUUGCCUUAUGGUGAGAGCCAUUGGAACACUGCCUUUAUCUCACGUAAUGUGGCAUCUGGCAAGCUUGAGGCAGCCCUGGACAAGAAAGAGCUUCCUGCUGUGUCGACAGUCUGUUGUCAGAGAAAAGUCAACUUCCUGCAUCUUCAGCGAACCGAACAACUCACUUUGCUUGCACAAGAGUGUACGAUAAAGUCAGACCACAGCCCGUUGGAGAACUAUGGACAGAAUACAGUGGUCGCUAAGAUUGCUCGAUUCCCUUGGGAAAUACAGUACAUUGAGGCGGAGACCAGAAUCUAUCAACGUUUACAAUCUUCAACAGUCAGCCCAAGCUUUUUAGCGCACAUUCACGAAGAGGACCAGGUGAUUGGGUUCUUGCUUGAGAAAGUAGAGGGCCGCCGGGCAGGCAUAGCUGAUCUGGAGAUAUGUCAAAGAGCUCUACAACGUCUCCAUGACCUUGGUAUUUUGCAUGGAGAUGUCAAUCGCCACAACUUCAUCAUACCUCCAGGUCACGAAGCUGUGCUUAUUGAUUUCGAAAAGUCCAUGAUUAAUGCGGAUGCCGAAUCAUUGAAGAAGGAAAUGUCUAGCUUGGCAGAACAGUUGUCUGAGGACACUGGUCGCGGUGGAGGAUUCUUCGCUGUGCAGUAG